CCGACCAUGUUUUCGCUCGCGAGCCUGCGCUCGUCUUUGUUGCGCUCGACGUCCACGACAUCUUCCACCGCUCCUUCUGGUAUCAAAGUCGGCGCUUUCAAUGCUGCGAACGCCCUCGGGGCGCGUUUUGCGGGUCAGCUCGCUCCGAAGCAUGUUCUCUAUGCAAAGCGUCACAAAGGACGCGUGCCAGUCCCAAUAGGCGGUUCGAUCAAGGGUACUACUCUAGCUUACGGAGAAUGGGGAAUUCGCAUCAAGGGGCAUGGUGUACGCCUCACGGCCAAGCAACUGUCGACGGCUCAGGAUGUCAUCAAGCGUAAAAUUAAGGCUAUAAAGGGCUCAAAGUGCUUCAUGAGGGUCUUCCCCGACAUCCCAGUCUGCAUCAAGGGCAGUGAAACGCGUAUGGGCAAGGGUAAGGGCACGUUCGAGUAUUGGGCGACGUGGGUACCUACCGGCCGUGUCAUCUUUGAGGUUGGCGGAGUGCCUAUCCGUGAGGAGAUCGCACGUGAAGCCUUGCGCCAGGCAUCGGACAAGCUCCCCACAAAGAUGGAGUUCAUCGCUCGUCAAACUCCCCCACGCCUUGGUCGUCUGCUCAUUACUCCCGAAACUCCCAUUGUUCCACCCUCGUCUGCUGUCAAACGGACUGUAGAAACACCUCAACCAGCAUAGACUUUACCGAGUUCCUCUUAGUGAUAUAAUAUCAAUGUUCGCACUCAUCUUCCCUCAGGGCAAGAUAGUCAACAGAAGUUUUUACUGUCGCC